AUGGGAUCGACCAAUGAAAUGACGGAAAAACUGAGUCGUUCAGGCACAGACGCCGACCUUCAACCUCAAACCUCAAUCGGUCUUCUACAGCUCUACUCUACCUGUAACUCUCAUUAUAAGAAACUAAUUAGCGCCAUCAUCUUCAGCUGUUUUCGUGGAGCUGAAGUUGCGUUAUGGGUAAUAUUGUCCAAGUUCUUGUUCACGGCUUUUGGAAACGUGGAUUCUGGCCAUUUCAAAGAUGACUUACUUUAUGUAGCUAUCAUUAUGUUUGGGAGCUUAUUCGUUUGGAGCGAUAUUGUUAUCAGUGAUAUCGCAUGGUUGUUUGACUGAACAAGUGAUUGAUUCUUUGAAGGUUAGAGCUUUGAAGUCGGUUUUGCGACAAGGUGGAUGUUAUUUCGAUGAUCCUGAUACUUCAUGUAGUCGACUGGUAUAUAGGAUUACUAGUGACACUCAGAAGAUUCGACCGGUAUGUUGAUUUUUAGAUUUUUGAGGCUAAAGUGCUAUUAUUUAAUGGCUAAAAUGUUAUUUAUUGAUAUAAAAGUAUGAAAAGAUACUAACUAAUCACAGUUCAGGCUCUAGACCUCCGUCUUCACCAAGUAGUCAACAAUGGCUUUUGUUCGCUAGUACAACUGGUACUAGCCCUAGUUUAUUCAUGGGAAGUUGCGUUAGCUGGAGCUGCUUAUUACCUCAUUCUCUAUCUUUUGAUAGCUUGUGUCAGUAAAAGGCUGCAACAAGAGGCGACAAACAAGAUGAUGAAUGACAAAACAGGUCAUAAUGGCAUUGAAAUCAUUGAAAACACAAGGACAAUUCAAAUGUUAGCUAAGGAAGAGUACUUUUUGGACAUGUACAUAAGACACAUUAGGGAUACUUUGAAGAUUGAGAAGAAGGUGGGUUUUGAAGGGUAAAAAACAUAUUUUCUUAUAUUACAGUUACUGUUUUAUAGUUAUAUAUAGUCCUGAAAGGGGGUCAAAUAGGCUUGACUCUGGCCUGGCCGAAGCAAUUUUGGCCGGACUGAAAAAAUGGGUUUGGCAUGGUUUCUAUACAAGUCUAGCUAUACAGUAACAUCUACGCUUCUAGAUGUGCUUCUUGGAAGCCUUGAUAUUCACGCUGACUCAAAGUUCAAUGCACAUAGUAAAUGGCGUCGUAUUCUUGGUAGGGGUAUAUUUGAUAGCUGAUAAAGGCGCGGUUGUUGACAAUGUUUAUAUGUAAGUUGACUUUAUUGUUAAAACGUUCUUUUUUGUUUUUUAAAUUUUUAAAGUUUGUUAAAUUUUUACUUUUUUUUUAAUUUUUUUAAAUAAUUUUCUAUAAAACAUGGCUCAUUAUUUUUUAUAAAACUUUAUAUAUUAUAUUGUAAAUUUAAUCCUAUGCUGUCUAACUCAGAAAAAUUGCUUUGUGACAUGGCUUUUUUAUAUUAGGUCGUUUAAAUAAUUCUGUUCCCUUAAUUUUGAAAUUCAGCCCUGAAGAUUUUUGUUUUGAAAGAGGUAGAAAAUUUUGUAAAUUCUAAUAAUUUUUUUUUAAUUUUGAAAAAUCAAUUUUUAGGUCAGCAGUGAUGAUGAGUGUGUUAUGUUGGUCAGUAUUCUUUAUCUCGAUAUCGUAUAGUGACAUUUUGUACGCUGUUCCAUCAGCUCAAAGUUUGAUUGACAUUAUCGAAGAACGACCAACUAUUGAUGAGAAUAAGGAUGAUGGACUUAUGAAAGUAAGUACGGUAUCUUUAGAAUUUCAAAAAUAAAAGAAUUUCAAAUUUAAAUUCAAUUUUUUGAUUUUCAGAACGUAGAAGGCUCAAUAGAAACCCAACAGUUAUCUUUUGCUUACCCAUUAACACCUCAUAAGAAUAUUCUUCGAGACUUUGUUAUUCAUGCUGAACCAGGCCAAUCGAUUGGUAUUUGUGGACCUAGUGGCUGUGGAAAGAGUACCAUACUAUGGUUAAUACAAAGGUUUUAUGAACCUGAUUGUGGCACUAUUGUAAGAGGUUUUGAAGGUUUUUUAAUUAUGUUUUUUACUACUUCAUUCUAUCCUACUGUAAUUUACUCUUCUUUACCAUAACAUCAUCUUGUUUACUUUGUUCUACUUUUUUUAAACUUACUUUAUCCUACUCUAUCCUAUUUUACCUUACUUUACCUUACUCUAACCGAACCUACCCUACUUACCUUAUAUUACCCUUCUGUAUACAAUAUAUAAUAUAUUAUUUCAGACAAUAGAUGAAGUAAACCUCCAUCGAUUUCAACUUUCAUUCCUUCGUGAUCAGAUGGGUUUGGUAACUCAAGAACCGGUACUAUUUUCUGGUACCAUCGCUGAGAAUAUUUUGAUGGGAACUAGUGAAGCCAACAUUGAUGAUGUGGUUGAAGCAUGCAGGGUUGCUCAUGCUAAAAAGUUUAUUGAAAGAUUCCCGGAGGUAACAAGUCUUAAACAUUAUAUUGUUUUAGGCAUUGUGUAUUUCUUAAAACACGUCAUUCUUUUUGAAUCAAUUUAAAAUUAUAUUAUUCAUUGUAAAUAAGCUUUUUAAUGUGAAUUUAUUUCUAAAUCAGGUUUGAAAACAUAUUAUAGGGUUACGAAACCGAAUGUGGAGAGAAAGGAAUCCGCCUAUCUGGAGGUCAACGUCAACGUAUAGCUAUAGCUCGUGCUUUGAUACGAAAACCCAAAAUAUUACUAUUGGAUGAAGCUACAUCAGCCUUAGAUGCUACGAGUGAACGGUCAGUUCAGAAGGCGCUGAAUCAGGCUUCAAGAGGUCGUACGACUAUAACCGUAGCUCAUAAGCUGGCUACACUUGUACACGCUGACAGAAUCUAUUUCAUCAACAAUGGUCGUAUCUUGGAAAGUGGUACCCAUCAAGAGUUGAUGGAAAUGAAUGGGCAGUACGCUAAUAUGGCUAGAAAACAAAAUUUGCAUAUUGUGAAGGAGAAGAAAUAA